AUGAAGUCAUCACUUUCAAUUUCUUUCUUUAAGAUUAUGAUGAGUCUUAGGGUAAAGCCAUUUUGGAUUGAAUUAGGGUAUUUCACAACCCUUUCAUUGUUAGGUUUCUUAGCUUUGAAUUAUGUUUCAAAACCUAGAACCCUACCGUCUUUUCGUCCUCAAAACCUAGAUGUUCUUUUCACUUCUGUUUCUUCAACCACAGUUUCUAGUAUGUCCACUAUUGAAAUGGAAGUUCUCUCAAAUGUUCAACUUGUUUUCAUGACCAUAUUGAUGUUUCUUGGUGGGGAAGCUUUUACCUCUUUUCUUAGCCUUAAACUCAUCAAGAAUAAAGAAAACAAAGAUAAAUCUUUUAGUAACAAAGAUUAUGAGCUAGGGAAUAUAAUAAACGUUGACAAUAAGUUAGAAGAUGUAAUAAUAAUAAACCCUAUCGAAGAUCAUAGUCAUGAUCAUCACGAUGAAAUUAUCAAGAUUAAAUCGAUAAAAUUGUUGAGUAAUGUGGUUUUUGGAUAUAUUCUUGUUGUUAUUCUUCUUGGUUCAUCGUUAGUUUCUCUCUAUAUAAUACUCAUCCCUAGCGCGAAACAAAUCCUUAACCAAAAAGGCCUUAAUUUACAUACUUUUUCACUAUUCACCACAGUAUCAACUUUUGCAAAUUGUGGUUUUGCACCUACAAAUGAAAACAUGAUGAUUUUCAAGAAAAAUUCAGGUCUUCUUCUCAUUCUUAUCCCUCAAGUCCUUCUAGGAAACACUUUGUUUGCUCCUUGUUUACGCAUCGUUAUAAUGUUCUUAUGGAAAAUCACAAAGAGACAUGAGUAUGAGUAUAUUUUGAAGAACUCAAAAUGUGUUGGAUAUUCACAUAUUUUUCCAAGUUAUGAAACAAUUGGUAUUGCUAUUACUGUUGUGGGAUUAAUAGUAUUUCAAUUUGUUAUGUUUUGUUCAUUGGAGUGGAAUUCUGAAGGUACUUCUGGAUUAAGUACUUAUGAGAAGAUUGUGGGAUCUUUGUUUGAAGUUGUGAAUACAAGGCAUGCUGGUCAAUCUGUAUUUGAUCUUUCAACUUUUACUCCAUCAAUCUUAGUAUUGUUUGCCCUAAUGAUGUAUCUAUCACCCUAUACUACUUUUUUGCCUGUUGACAAUUAUGAAGAGAAGUCAGAAAAAAUGAAGAAGAGAAAGGGAAGAAGCUUAAUGGAGUACAUAUCAUUAUCACAACCUUGUUGUUUGGUCAUCUUUACCAUUCUUAUUUGUGUUGUGGAGAAAGACAAAAUGAAAAAUGAUCCACUCAACUUCAAUGUACUCAACAUUCUCUUUGAAGUCAUAAGUGCAUAUGGGACAGUUGGAUUGUCAAUAGGGUAUAGUUGUGCAAGGCAAAUAAAUCCAGAUGGUCAUUGCAAGGAUGUUACAUAUGGAUUUGCUGGAAAAUGGAGUAAUACAGGAAAGUUCAUUUUGAUAAUUGUCAUGUUUUUUGGAAGGUUGAAGAAGUAUAAUCAAAGAGGUGGCAAGGCUUGGAAAGUAUUAUAA